UUUUAAUACAUAAUGCAGAAGUUCUUCAGUAAUUUCAUGCACUGAUCGGGCAGUUCCUCCAAGAAACUGGGAUCCAACAGUGUUCUUGCCGUCAUCAUCAUAAUCUUCCUCUUUCCUUGUGUGGGAUUAUCAUGGCUGUGAGGCAGGGCAGCCUGUGACCAUCCGCUGCUCUCUGCAGGCCUUCUCUUUACAUUUUGUUUCUGGCUUUGAAUUGGUGGGAUACCAGGAGCCAAAAUGCUGAACCAGAGCGCUGUCAUGAUCUUCACUGGGAUUUGUGGGGCACUGGUGGUCAUGGCCAUGGCCUACUAUGUGUACUGGUCUGUGAUACUGGCUGACGGACCGUGUAAAAGAGGCUUGUAAAAGGAUUCCACCGUGGUUGGUCGUAGUGUAUAGAGGAGCUUACCCAGCUCUCCAGGCUCCUCGGCCAUGGCUCUGCUGGCCUACCUGAAGAGCCUGUUCAUCCUGCAGCUGCUGAUGGGCUUUGUGUUUGUGGUGAGCGGCCUCAUCAUAAACUUCAUUCAGCUGUGCACCUGCAUCCUCUGGCCGAUCAACAAACAGCUCUACCGCAGAAUCAACUGCCGGCUCUCCUAUUCCCUCUGGAGCCAGCUGGUGAUGCUGCUGGAGUGGUGGUCGGGCACAGAAUGCACCCUAUACACUGACCAGGCUACGGUGGACAAAUUUGGCAAGGAGCAUGUCAUCAUCAUCCUCAACCACAACUUUGAGAUCGACUUCCUGUGUGGCUGGACCAUGUGCGAAAGAUACGGCGUCUUAGGGAGUUCAAAAGUGCUAGCCAAACAUGAACUGCUGAAGGUUCCUCUAAUCGGCUGGACCUGGUACUUCCUAGAAAUCGUUUUCUGCAAAAGAAAGUGGGAGGAGGACCGAGACACUGUCUUCAAAGGACUGGGCAGGCUCAAAGACUAUCCUGAGUUCAUGUGGUUUCUGCUGUACUGCGAGGGCACCCGCUUUACAGAGAAGAAGCACCAAAUCAGCAUGCAGGUUGCAGAGAGCAAAGGCCUGCCCAAGCUCAAAUAUCACCUGCUACCCCGAACCAAAGGAUUCACCACCACCCUGCACUGUCUCAAGGGCACAGUAACUGCUGUGUAUGAUGUGACUCUAAACUUCAAAGACAACCAGACCCCGACUCUCCUGGGCAUCGUCAACGGCAAGAAAUACAAAGCUGACAUGAGCGUAAGGCGGUUCCCCGUGGAGGACAUACCCGACGACGAGCGGGAGUGUGCCGACUGGCUGCACAAGCUCUACCAGGAGAAGGAUGCCUUACAGGAAACGUACAACAAGGAAGGCAAGUUCCCCGGACCCACGAUCAUCCCACCCCGCCGACUGUGGACGCUGCUCAACUUCCUGUUCUGGGCCACGCUGCUGCUGUCACCCCUCAUCAAGUUUGCGUGUGGAGUGGCCGUCAGCGGCUCCCCUCUCCUCAUCAUCGGCUUCACCAUCUUCCUCAUCAUCGCCUCCGUAGCCAUCCGCCGCCUCAUAGGGGUCACCGAGGUGAAGAAAACAGGCUCCAGUUACGGCGACCAGGAGGCCAAGAAACAAAACUAAAACGUGUCACUGCCCCCGCCCCCCGCCGUGUUCCGCCGCCUGCGCGCGGCUGCCCUGCGGCGUCUCUCAACUACCCAACUCCAUCCUCCUCCUACUGUCCAGUCAGUUGGUCGGCCGGGGAGAAGACCAAGCUGUGAAAAUAGAAUAAGAGACCAGAGUUUAAAAAUUCGAGCGGCACUAUGGAGAGGGAGAGUGUAGAGGGCCUGGGGUCUCAGCUCUCUGGUGUAUGGACGGGGAGAUGCAGUUCUGUGUUUUCCUGCAUCUCUCUGAGUCCAGCCAGCCCUCCUACCUACGCGCCCCCCCUCCCCCAUCCAUCUCACUAACGCCUGAGGUUAAGAUCCUGACAUGUCUGUGGUCACACAGACCUCCAUUCAGCCCAUUUCCCUGCUCAGCACCACCUACUUCCCCUUCCUUCCACAGUCAUCGGCCAAUCGGUGGGUGGGGUUUGGGGGUUGGGGGAGGGGGCACGGCGAUUCACCCAUGGAACCGAUCAUUAUUUUAUAUCUUCUAGGCUGAGCCUCCAGCAGGGGGCAGUGCAGCUCCACAGCAGCAGUGAGUCACAUGCAGGCCGUCUCCCUUCUUCUUCUCACCAAGUGGGACUUGGUGCCUUGAGGCCCAGCCUGGUUUUCCUUAACGGCGUCAUUUCGCCCAAAUCACAAAGAAUUUACCAUUUCAUCCCAUGAGAGACAGCCUAAAGGUGACCAUGUCUGCCAUCAACAGCUUUACUGCUACAAUAACACAAUGAAGGUGACGGUGCAGGAGAGUUUUGGUGAUGAACUCACAUUUAGAAACCUCAGCAGGACAAACUAGAUGAUGAAUGUAAAGGUGAGGUUAUGAGGUUCAGGUGUUUGGAACAUUGUUUAAAAAAGACUCCUGUAUAGUUUUUAAGGAGUAUUGAUUGUGAUUUCAUCGUCAAAAGUAGGAUCGGUCUCACGUCAUUGAGUUGCUGAAGCCGCAAAAGCCUGAGGAGUUUCUAGACUUGCAGAGAGGUGAUGUGGUGUUUCUGUGAUCUUGGUGGAAUCAUCCUUGAACGUCCUGGUUUGGAGAUUCUUGUGUCUGUUCCACCACAGCAAGGGCUCUCUGAAUGUGAAACCCAUCCUUAUGGAGGACGCCUGCCGUCUGUUACAGGUCUCAUUCGUAGCCCGACGCACCGAGCCUCCCACUCAUCUCGGCUCAACCUUCCACUCGCGUUUCUGCUUUUCACCCGUUCGCGCUCCGACCUCCUAAAUGUGACCCGAGUCUAAACACUGAAGCAGAUCGUCACACCCCGACGCCACUCAAGCAGCUCAAACCCAGAAGGUCGCCCACUGUCCUCAUGUCGCCGUUCACUUCUUCCUGCUCUCCAGAUAUAGACUGCAGUAGUCAUCUUUGAACCUUUGCCUUAAUUCAAGCUUGCUCAGGCAAGGGAUCGCUUAUUCGCCACCCCUUUAAAACGACACUCACCUCUUAUUUCUGUCAUGUUGUGUCACCCGCUCCUCCUCCCAUCGCAACAUGCAUUCACAUGGUUUGAUUACCAAAAUGCGUUAAUAAUUCAGAUUUCUGCGCUUUGGAAGUGUGAGAAAGGUUGCUGGUUCCUGGAGAAGAUGCUGCUCACACACGCAUCGUGCUGGCAGCUUUGUUUUUGGUCUCGUGCAUUUCAUAAUUUUCAAAUCCCAUGUUUGACUGAGUCACAGAUUAAAAGCAGCAGAUCUUUUUCCCCCCUAACUUCAGUUGUAGACGGUGGUAGCAGGACGUGCGGAGGAGGUGAGGGGGGGUGGGGGGUGUUCCGUUCUGCUCUCUCCUGCCCUCCUCGCUGUGCCACAUGUAGGAAUUCAGCAUUCAUUUAGUUUGAUUCAGCUCUCUCUUCGUUUCUGGUGGAUCACUUCAAAUGCGUCUGUCCUCUCACUGUAGGCGUCACCAAUCAGACUUGCAAGCCUUAAUAAGUGCUGCUUAAUUUAUUUAAACACAGUGGGUGUGAAGGAUCGGCACUUUAAGAGCUCUACAGUACAUCAACAAGGAGCUUUACUGUCUGGCAUCUUUCUCUGAAGUUUUACAGUAUAUUAAAAAAAAAACGAGGCCGAAUGAAGUCACUUCUUACUUGAAAGGUUUCUGUUUCUAAUCAACUCCCUUUUUUAAAAUAGAAAAAUACUUUGAGUUUGCAUUACCUCAGUUAUUUGUGAAA